UUCAUCACUUCAUUAAUUUGUUUCAUCCCAAAUAUACAAAAAUAACUACUGUAUAAUAUGGCUUUCAAGAUUACCUUGAAAACUAUUAUACCUAGUUGUUUCAAGGUUAAGAUUGAUGUACUUCCUUUAGAGGACAAGAAUAAUAUUGUUCAAGUUUCUAAAAAUAGUAAUACUAAUUGUGGUAAUUCAAGGCUAACUCUUUCAGAUAUAAGUGAUCCUGAAUCAUCACUUUCUAUAAGUGAUCUCUCAUCAAAUGCUGUCAUUGGAUCCAACCUUCAUAUUUUCACACAUUCUGAACUCAAAGUUAUGACAAGUAACUUUUCGUCCUCUAAUUUUCUUGGAGAAGGUGGAUUUGGUCCUGUGCACAAGGGGUUCAUUGAUGAUAAAAUUAAGCCUGGUUUAAAAGCUCAACCUGUUGCUGUUAAACUUCUGGAUUUGGAAGGUUCUCAGGGCCACUUAGAAUGGCUGACUGAAGUAGUAUUACUUGGGCAAUUAAGGCAUCCUAAUCUAGUGAAGUUGAUUGGUUAUUGCUGGGAGGAUGAGCAAAGGCUUCUUGUUUACGAGUACAUGGCAAGGGGAAAUCUGGAGAACCAAUUAUUUAGAAGAUGUUCGAGUAGCUUACCAUGGUUGACCAGAUUGAAUAUUGCAGUAGAUGCUGCAAAGGGGCUAGCUUUCUUGCAUGGGGAAGAAAAACCAGUAAUCUACAGAGAUUUUAAGGCUUCUAACAUCCUCUUAGACUCGGAUUAUACGGCUAAACUUUCUGACUUUGGACUAGCAAAAGAUGGUCCAGAAGGUAGUGAUACGCAUGUCACAACUCGUGUUAUGGGCACUUAUGGCUAUGCUGCUCCCGAGUAUAUGAUGACAGGUUAUUUGACAAGUAAGAGCGAUGUGUACAGUUUUGGAGUCGUCUUAUUAGAAUUACUAACAGGACGACAAGUUAUUGACAAGAAACGUCCUAGUAGAGAGCAAAAUUUGGUAGAAUGGGCAAGGCCAUUCCUCAAAGAUUCACACAAGCUUGACAGAAUAAUGGACCCCAGACUUGAAGGUCAAUACUCAACUCAAGGAGCCAAAAAAGUGGUUGCAUUGACUUAUCAAUGCUUAAGUCAACAGCCAAAGUCUAGACCUACUAUGACCAAUGUGGUCAAGAUCUUGGAACCUAUCUUGGACUUAAAAGAUAUACCAAUUGGUCCAUUUGUAUAUGUGGUUCCUUCUUUUGACUGUAAAAGUGGAUUGAAUAAUGGUGGUUUGGAGAAAAAGAAGGGUGAAGAAAAAGAGGAAGAAAAUAAGGUGAACAUAAGUGAUCAAGAUGAAAGAGGAAUUAGUGCAGGAGAAAAGAAAGAAAACGGUUGUAGGCAGUGCAGACUUGGCCACAUGAAGCAAAAGAAUCAACUAAAGUCUGCUAUUGUAUACUCAGAUACUCAUCUGUAUGGGACUUUAAGGCACGAAUUCAGAUAGUCCAUGUAGAAAAGAAAAAAAAAGGGCAGCCUUGUGCACUCAGCUCUCAUUAUGUACGGGGUUCGGGGAAGGAUCGGAUCACAAGAGUCUAUUGUACGCAGCCUUAUCCUGCAUUUCUUUUUCACGGCUCGAACCCAUGACAUCCUGGUCACAUGACAGUAAUUUUAUCAGUUACGCAAAGGCUCCCUUCAGAUAGUCCAGGUAGAAAUUGAAAAAUAAAACCUAGGAAUUACAAGAGAAAAGAAAAAUCACGGCGACCGCGCAUACCAAGGUGUGGUUGAAUUAUAAAGGGUUCUUUCAAUCUCAACCACAAAUAUUCUCGAGUUUGAACGGUUGGAAUGAAGUUAUCUUUAGCUGGGAUCACUAAAACUCUAUAUAUAGUUGGCUUUUUACAGUGUAUUUGUGUGAAUCUUGAUUAAUCGAGCUGGAGAAUUUCGGAUACCGGAUCAAAGAAAAAAACCACAGCGCAUUGUUGUUAAGUAUGUGUUUGUUGAUUGCAUGCAUUGUUUGUUUGUUUCUUAAUUUAUUCAAGAAAUUUGAAUUAUCAUUUUAGCUAGAAUUUUCUUUUGACACUUUGAAACAAUUGUUCACAAAAAGUCUCCAAAAUUGUUAGUAGUAUAUUUUUGAAAGCUUUUAAACUUGUAAAAGAAGACAAUUCUUCACUUUUUUCUUAUUACUUU